CCGAAAGGCCCAGAAGCAGAAGCGGGAGCGGCGGCGGUCGAAGGGCCCAGCACCCAUGCCUCUUUUCUGCCGGGCCCUUCUCCGACUUGGAAGAGCGAGCCCUGGAGGUCCAACGGGCGCUCCUCCAAGCGGAGCCUUGGAGGGCAAGGCCGGCACCAUUACCUCCAACGAGUGGAGCCCUCCUAACUCCCCUGAGGGGAGCAACGUCUCUGGGGGCAGUCAGGCGUUGGACAAGCCCAUUGACAAUGACGCGGAGGGUGUGUGGAGUCCGGACAUUGAGCAGAGCUUCCAGGAGGCCCUGGCCAUCUACCCGCCUUGUGGCCGGCGCAAGAUCAUCCUGUCAGACGAGGGCAAGAUGUACGGUCGGAAUGAGCUGAUUGCCCGCUACAUCAAGCUCCGGACAGGGAAGACCCGCACCAGGAAACAGGUCUCCAGCCACAUCCAGGUGCUGGCUCGUCGAAAAGCCCGCGAGAUCCAGGCCAAGCUAAAGGACCAGGCAGCUAAGGACAAGGCCCUGCAGAGCAUGGCUCCCAUGUCGCCCGCCCAGGCCAUCUCCGCCACAGCCUUCCACAGUAAAAUGGCCCUCGCCCGGGGCCCAGGCCACCCAGCAGUCUCAGGGUUUUGGCAAGGAGCCUUGCCGGGCCAAGCCGGAACAUCCCAUGAUGUGAAACCGUUCUCUCAGCAAACCUACGCUGUCCAGCCUUCGCUGCCUCUGCCAGGGUUUGAGUCUCCUGCAGGACCCACCCCGUCGCCCUCAGCGCCCCCGGCACCCCCGUGGCAGGGCCGCAGUGUGGCCAGCUCCAAGCUCUGGAUGUUGGAGUUCUCUGCCUUCCUGGAACAGCAGCAGGACCCUGAUACGUACAACAAGCACCUGUUUGUGCACAUCGGCCAGUCCAGCCCAAGCUACAGUGACCCCUACCUCGAAGCCGUGGACAUCCGCCAGAUCUAUGACAAAUUCCCAGAGAAAAAGGGGGGACUCAAGGAGCUCUUUGAACGGGGACCUUCCAAUGCCUUUUUUCUUGUGAAAUUCUGGGCAGACCUCAACACCAACAUCGAGGAUGAAGGCAGCUCCUUCUACGGGGUCUCCAGCCAGUACGAGAGUCCGGAGAACAUGAUAAUCACUUGUUCCACCAAGGUCUGCUCUUUCGGCAAGCAGGUGGUAGAGAAAGUGGAGACAGAGUAUGCCCGCUAUGAGAACGGCCACUACUCGUACCGCAUUCAUCGGUCGCCGCUGUGCGAGUACAUGAUCAAUUUCAUCCACAAGCUGAAGCACCUGCCCGAGAAGUACAUGAUGAACAGCGUGCUGGAGAACUUCACCAUCCUGCAGGUGGUCACCAACAGAGACACGCAGGAGACGCUGCUGUGCAUUGCAUAUGUUUUUGAGGUGUCAGCCAGCGAGCACGGGGCUCAGCACCAUAUCUACCGGCUGGUGAAAGAAUAAGAGACUCAGGGAGCAGGGAGGGGGGAAGAGACGUCGUGUGUGCAGGGACACGGGGAGGGGAUCUGCAGGAGAGCCGAGAGGCCCUGACUCUUCCUAGCCAGGAACAAACUGUGCCUGAACCUGCAAUGCUCAACCCCAAAUAAACCCAAGAUGGUGUGUAUUUUCGGAG